ACAGCCUCAGCUGAGCAACCCGGACGGCGUCUGGACACGGCCGCGCCAUCUUGAUUAAGGACUGACCUGUGAACUCUCUGCACCUUUAAGGACUCACCUGUGAACACUCUGCACCUUUAAGGACUCACCUGUGAACACUCUGCACCUUUAAGGACUGACCUGUGAACUCUCUGCACCUUUAAGGACUCACCUGUGAGCUCUCUGCACCUUUAAGGUCUCACCUGUGAACAGGAGUCAGCUGACUGAUGACAUCACACUGUGACAUCAUCAGCGAUGGAUCAGAUCACCUUCCAUCAUGACACCGUGCUGUCAGACGUUCACCUGCUGCUGCCCAACACACGCCACCUGAUGACCCGCCUCAACACCGUCGGACAGCCAGUGUUUGUGUCUAAAUUUAAGAUCCUGUCAGACGAGGAGAGAAGAGAUGAAGGAGACAGAGGAGGAGUAGGAGACAGAGGAGGAGACAGAGAAAGAGACAGAGGAGAAGGAGGAGAAGGAGGGGACAGAGAAGGAGACAGAGGAGGAGGAGGAGGAGGAGGAGCAGUGGAGACUCUUCUGGAUGAAGAUGGAGAUCUGGAUGUCACUCAUCGACGGAGGAGAGAGAGUUCAGAGACGACCAGAGAGCUCGUCUGUGCCGUCAUCCUCAAACACUCUGACUCUGUGAUCCCUGAAGAAGACGACGAGGACGAGUGUUUGAACGACUUCAUAAAGAUCGAGCACACAAUGGCCACUCGUCUGGAGGACGUCGGAAAACAGGUGUGGAGGGGGGCGUUUCUCCUAGCUGACUUUAUCCUCUCUGACCCGCUCCUCUUCACAGGAAGUACCGUCCUGGACCUGGGGGCAGGAACAGGAUUAACAAGCAUCGUCAUGGCCACCACCGCCAAAACCGUCUACUGUACAGAUGUCGGAGACGACCUUCUGAGCAUGUGUGAGAGAAACGUGACGAUAAACAGACACCUGGUGGAGCCCACAGGCGGCGAGGUGAGAGUGAGACGACUUGAUUGGCUCCAAACAGACCUCUGUACAGACUGUGAGGAGGAGUUUAGCUGGACUGAGGAGGAGGUGUCUCAUCUGUACGAUGACACGUGCUUCAUUAUGGCUGCAGACGUGUGCUAUGAUGAUGAUCUGACAGACGGACUCUUCAGGACUCUCUACAGACUCUGCAGCACCUUCAACCACACCUGCACCAUCUUCAUCUCCAUGGAGAAAAGACUGAACUUCACCCUCAGACACAUGGACGUAUCAUGUGAGGCGUAUGAUCACUUCAGACGGUGUCUCUCUGAACUGAACGACCUUCAGGACGGACGCUGCAGCUUCACUGUCACUCAACUUCAAACAGACUUCAACCAGUUUCUGAUCUACGAACGCAUCCAGCAGCUGGAGCUGUGGAAGGUGACGUCCUCUCCUCUACAUCAUCAGACCGGCUCUGAACCAGAUCGGCCCCAAGCAGCGACCUCGUCUGUUAAAAUAUGAAGCUGAUGCUGAAGUGUAUAAAAUCCUGCAGUUCCUCGAGUGUCCACUAGACUGUACGGGGGGGGUGGAUGUUUUGAUGACUCAUCAGUUUUGAUUUGAUGAAGGAUAAGAGUUAUUCACAAUAACGCGUGUAGCUGACCUGAUUGACAGGUGGGCGCGGUGUAACGGUUUGUCAGGAGGUUUAAAACCCCCUCAGCUCCAGCUCUCAGCCUGUCGUUAGAUUGACUGAAAGUCAGACUGAGACAGCAUUUCCAGCAUGGAGACCGCCAUCGAUGGGACUCCUGCGCCCCCUGCAGGAACAGACGGGGAGACUCAGGCUUCAAACUUUAAUAUUCACAGUCUAUGACCGGCCCCCUUCCUGACCAGGAGCCACAGGUUGAACCUCAUGUUGCCUGGAGGUUUGAAUGAGUCAGAUGUGUAGUGUUUGUGACGUGAUUGAUUUUAUCAACGUUUAUUUAUUUAUUUAUUUGUUUAUUUAUUAGUUUGAACAGGAACAUGUGGAAGAGGUUGAACUGCAGUUUGUUUUAGUGUUCAAAGUUUGAAUAAAAGUUUAAUCUUCA